AAUCCUGACUUUAUGGUCGGCCUAUAGACACACAGUAUGUGUUCUAGGUGUACAAUAUGGGGACAUGGUGAUACAGUUAAGUCGUGAAUCAUCUCCCACUCCAACAGCAGUCCGAGUUAUUUUGGGAUCGAGUGUGACGUAUCCUCUUUCUCUGAGAAGGCAGUGUGUAGUCCAAUGUCAUUUUGUCAUUUUACUAUUUCCCAGAAUGCCGUUUCACAAGAAAAGGGCUGUCUCCAUAAGAUUGUUAUCUCCUCCGAAAAUGUCUAAAGUUUUCUUCGAACGAUUCUCUCAAUGUUCCUAAACGUAGAAGUACAGAGGCUCACCAUGGAUAAUUCAACAAUAUAUUAAGUUUAUGGUAUGGCCAUCUGUUUUGAUUAUUUCAACUUUGUUUCUGAAAAGUAUUUUUACAUUUUUUUCAUUUAACACGACAAUAACCAUGAGCGUUAUAGACCACUGUGAGUCCUUAAAACCCAGAAAUGAGUCAGCAGUUUUGCACUUCCGGUUCCUUUGUAAAGUCAAUUGUUUUUUUAAUCUAAAGCAAACACGACUUCGCAGUUUCGUUAAAUUCGAGCCAGAAAUGCAUCGCAAAUACACGACAAGCUGCUUUAUGUUGUUGAAACAUUGAAGUCUGGAUUUUUCGUUGAACAUUUCUACCUUGCACUCUAUGAUAAACCAUGUUGGGUUCUACUCUUACACCUUCAACAAGUCAGUAUGUAAGAGUUGGACUCACUGCUAAGAUGCUCUGCUUGUUUUUCAGAUUGAAUCUUGGAUGUUGGUGGGAAGUGACUGAUCAAAGAUGAGCCCUUCUUAACAGCAUCAGAGCAUCCUUUGUUUUUACCAACAGCAGAUGCUACAUGGUCUACCAUCUUUUGUUUGGGGUGUAACUUGAGGAAUCCAGCUCUUAGAAGUGUGUGUAUGUCAACACGUUCUCAUUCCCAAAUACAGCAGCUCGGUCAGUGGCCCUACGCUUCAAACUCCAAUGCUCUACGUACCCCUCUAGCGUCAGUUUUGCUUGUGUCAAUUUUGGACAUUACAUGGAAAUGAUGUAUUUUCAAAAAAAACUGCAGUGUUCACUGGAAACUACUUGGUUGGGGUAGUAAAACGUAACUUUAGUAAAGUUACGUAAUUUGAAAUAAGACAACAUGGGACACGAACACAGACCUCCUGAGUGAUUUUGCUGUGUCUCUUUGACUUCCUCCUUUACUCCCGCCAUAACUGGCCACGUAGAACGUCAUUUGCCGCGUUUGACUGACCAAGCUGCCGUAUUUGACAACUUUGGAGUGAGAACAGGCUGUGUAUGUAUAUGUGUGUGUGGAAAAGCAGCCACUAUAUUUUGAUCUUUUUAAUCUAUCAAUCAUUCUACUUCUUGAGGAAUCUUUGCUGAAAUGAUUAUGGGCAGGAAGUUGUCUCUUCUUACUUUAUCCAUUUGUUUUAUUGGUCUUUAGUCACUUUUAUACGCGUUAAAACCAGGAAGUAUGUCAUUUAACACAACGGAAUGAGUCAUCUUCCAGAGGGAAGCUGACAGAGAAACUGCCUCAGAUGUGAUAAAUUGGGACUACCAUUCGCACCUCACGGCCUGUUCUGCACUCACUGCCCUAGUGAUUUCUAUUUCCUGUAAAAAAAAUAGAGUCCACGCAGUCCAUCAUGAGAUCUUUUCAUAAAACGUUAUGCUUGAAGUGCAACACGAGGCAUUAUGAGAACUGUAAACAUAUAUCUAGUAUGUGUACGCCCCUCUGUGUUAGCUUAAAGCUGCACUAAUCAAUAGGUUUGAUCAACAGUGGGUCAAAAGACAACAUACAAAGUGAAAGUUCCCCUCAGCUCUACAGGACAUUUCCCACACUCUUUACCCAUUCCCACACUGGCUGGUUUGGUAAACAUCAGCAUGCUUUGUGACUUUGCCUCAUAGCAUUUUUUUAAGUAGCUGCCUCUUGAUGCCAUUUGCAUUGGCCAUCAUGUGAUAACAGCAUUGGCGGACUUCCAAUGUGGUAUGAAAUUGUUUUGGGCAGAACAUUUUCAAUCCCAUAGGAGUUUUUUUCCUCAUAAUAUCACACCUAAUAUUAAAACACUUAUGUGGUUAUGAUGCCUCGUCUGGCACCACUUCAGUUAAACCGUUACUAGACCCGUUAGUGCUGAGAUCGUCCCUGCUCCUUGAUUAGGCCGUGACACGUGAAAGGGUUCCAGACAGGGUUGACUUCAGUGAGGAUGGAGAUCAACAUCGUGGUGCAUAACAGCGGGCCAUAAGAAGCCAGAUAAUACCGCUAACCUCACUGCCUAUCUGUGUGACACACAGUGUUCCCUGUGUAUCAUGGCCUGCAGCUAACGGAGGGGGAUGAUCUCAUUUGGGAAAUUAUAUGCGCUUCAGUCUGUUUAGUUUGCAGAAUGAAAAUAUGUAAUGAGUCUCUCAGACUGCUGCUACAGUAGACAGUGGUCCACCGUACCGCCUGCCCGCCCACUCAGCUCAGACACACAACAACAAUACAGUACCUGCAUUUAAUUAAUAUGGCUUUACUUCAUCUGCCUGCUUUUUAGGGGCUCCGAGUAACAUGUCUGAUGACUUUGAUGUGCAAUCUGCAGGAUGAGUAAUAAUAAUGACAAACAUAAUUAAUAAUAUUAAAAACGUUUUUAAAGGGAUGGUACCCUAACAGAUGGGAAAAUGCAAGAUUACAACAUGGAUUAACAUUAAGUGUGGUCAGGGCAGCUCAAUAGAGCAAACGAGAACCAUUUAGCAUGCUGGUUUCUCUUUUUCCUAUUUAAUUUAAUGGAAAUUCUAGCUUGACUUUCCAGUGCUUGUUUGAAGAACUUAUCAUUAUGAUCAUCUAUCUGUAUUAUUACUAUUCUGAUUAUUAUUAUGAGUAUACUGUUAUUAUUGUUAUUAUUAUUUUAAAAAGCUUGAUGACCGAUGAACAUUACACAAAGGGGCUUUGAAUUUGUAAUGGUAAUAUUCUGACCUCUAUUGGCUAAAUUCGUAAUUGCACCUGACUUUUAAAGGCAAAAAAAGCGAAUGUAAUUUUGUAAUUCAUAUCAUUGUUGGAAACGAAUGCAAUAUAGGAAGAGUAUUAUUUUUCCCUGAAGCAACACAUUUUACUUAUAUUUAAAACAGCUUGAAGAAAACGUUUUAAAAACAACAAGCAACCUUUAGAAUUUAAAGCAGAAAAAUACACCAUCAAUUGGCUCAGUUCGACUCAUGGAUGUCAAUUCCGAUUGCUCUGGUCUGGAUCUCACAACAAGCGCUCUGAUUGGCCAACAGGUCCUAGCGCCAAAAAUAGGAAGGAAGAAGAGUUGUGAACGCAACAAAGGAUAUUAUUUGCUCAAUAUUUCAGUAAAUAUAUUGGCAUAAACCUACUUUCAACCUCAUUCGGGUACAAAAUGGAUACACAGUCAUAUCUACCUUUACAGCCUGGGGUGGGGAUGGAGGAGAAUUUCCUGUCUCUUGACGACAUUUUGCUCUCUCACGAGAGACUUCCCAUCCGGACAGAGUGCAGUUUCCCCCGGCUGGGAUAUCUGGAGAAGUCGACUGAUGCGCAGGACAUACCGGAGGGCACAAAUAUGGAGCUCCCUCUGUGGCUGUCCAAGGGUCUGUACGAGAAGAAGAGGAGAGUGUUGUCAGUGGAGCUUCCCAAGGUGUACAGAGAGGGCUGGAGGACCGUGUUCAACGCCGACCCCAACGUGGUGGACUUGCACAAGAUGGGGCCCUACUACUACGGCCUGGGGUCCCAGAUGCUGCACUUUGACAGCCCAGAGAACCCCGAAAUCGCUCAGACGCUGCUGCAGACGUUCAUCGGCCGCUUCAGACGGAACAUGGACUCCUCCCAGAAUGCCUACAACGAGGACACGUCUGCGCUGGUGGAGCGCCUGGACUGUCUGGAGAAGGCCCUGUUCACGUCGGGGCAGAGCGGCCUCAACGGCUUCCAGAGCUGGGAGAAGGGCCGGGCCUCGCAGCUCACCGCCUCCAGCCUCGUCCUCAACUACCGCAAGAGGAAGAUGGCUGACGUGCCGCCCUGAGCUGGGCUCAGUUUAAAGAGGCAGGCGCUUGGACAGAACUUUGGAGCACGACGGCAGCGCUGACUUUCCCUGUCAUCCUCACUUCACCACCCUCUAACUUUGAGCCAAGCUCUCUGUGGUGGGACAAGAUGAGUUCUAUGAGUUUCACAUAACCUUGACAGUGUGUUCAUGAUCACCAUUAGAUCUAAGAAUAUGAAUAGUUGGUUGCUGAAGUUUUGAUUGUUGAUUGUUUUAGCAUAUAUCAAGUAAUGAUUCCUGAUGUUUCUUACAGCUUUACAAAUGCAAACAGUGGCCUGUUUUUUUCUGUUCCAUCAUACAGAUUUUAAACUGGUUGGUAUGGGUGGGUAAUGGGGAUGUAUGAAAGUUUUUUGAUGUCAUAAAAUGGCAACAUAUUCCAUAAAGCACUUCAACUCAGAAA